AUGGCUGACGAUCGACUACCCACCCUACUUUCCUCCCUCUCACCAUCCUCCCACUACUUCUCCCUCGAGUUCUUUCCCCCCAAAACCUCGUCCGGAUUCGCAAACCUACAUUCCCGUCUGGCUAGAAUGGCCGCGGCGUUACGCCCUCUCUUUGUGACGGUGACCUGGGGUGCGGGUGGAUCAACUACAACAAAGUCCUUGGAACUUGCCGAGGUUUGCCAAAGACAACUCGGUCUGACCACCGUCCUGCACUUGACAUGUACCAACAUGAAGAGGAGCGCAGUCGACGAUGCGCUGGAGAGUGCAAAAGAAGUGGGCAUCAGAAACAUUUUAGCAUUAAGAGGCGAUCCACCCAGAGAAGAAUACAAGGACACAGAUGAACUGGAGAAUGGAGGAUUUGGCACAGAAGAUUGCGAGGAGUUUGCUUGGGCGGUUGACUUGGUGCGGUACAUCCGCCGGAAACAUGGUGACUACUUCUCGAUCGGAGUUGCCGGUUAUCCUGAGGGUCAUGCAGACGAGAGCAAUCCGGAGGCAGGAAAACAGAGCGUCGAACAUGAUCUGCCAUAUCUGGCCGAGAAAGUCGGUGCAGGGGCAGAUUUCAUAAUGACUCAGCUCACAUACGACAUUGAUGCCUACCGAGCGUACGAGAAAAGACUGCGGGAAUAUGUGGACACGGACGGAAACAAACUAUUCGAGAAGAUUCCUAUCAUUCCGGGCCUCAUGCCCAUUCAAAGCUACCAGAUCAUCAAACGAAUCACGAAACUCAGUCAUGCAAAGUUACCAGAGGACACUGCGAAACGGAUUGAGUCGGUCAAGUCAGAUGACGAGGCCGUGAAACAGGUCGGCGUCGAGAUUCUCAGCGAGAUUGUUGAGCAGAUCAGGACCUUACCUCAGCCGGAAGGCGUACCCCGUGGCUUUCAUUUCUAUACUCUCAAUCUUGAAAAGUCGGUCGCUUUCGUUCUCGAAAAGACCCACCUCAUUCCCCCGUUUUCCGAACCGAGCCCUGGCGACUCAUCUGAUUCCGACGCAAUCGUUGAGGAUGUGAAAAAAUCAAUCCAUUUCGCGCCGACUUUUGCAAACGGCAGCAGUACAGGUGAGCGCGGUCAGACGGCUCGAUUUUCACGACGGAGGGCGAGUUCAAUGAAUGCACAACCGCAUAACCGGGUAAUCAUGGAUCGUCCAUCAAGGUCACCUGGACAAUCAAGACGAGAUCGGAGUGCGGAGCUGACCAGACCCAUACUCCUGCAACACGAAGCUCCUGAUCGAGGAACGGGGAUUCCGGCCUCUGAUCCAACACGGAAGCACCAUCUCAUGAUUUCGGAAGGGCAGGGUGCGUUAGGCCGAGAAGCUACGUGGGAUGAUUUCCCCAAUGGGCGUUGGGGUCCUUCUAACUCUCCAGCCUUUGGUGAAAUCGAUGGGUAUGGGCCAACUCUUAAAGUUGGAUCGAUUACAGCACGAAAGCUCUGGGGACAUCCCAAAUCCACCAGAGAUGUUACCGAGCUGUUCCGACGACAUGUGAUUGGUGAGCUAGAAGCAGUUCCUUGGAGUGACGAAGUCGACGUGGAUGGCGCGAGCGGUGGUGGUGAUGGAGCUCUACGAGCCGAGACAGAGGUGAUCCGAAGAGAACUUCUGGCGCUUAUUGAGAAGAAAGGCUACUGGACUCUUGCAAGUCAACCGGCAGUCGACGGCGUGAAGAGCGAAGACGACACAUUCGGUUGGGGACCGCCGGGGGAAGGCUUCGUCUUCCAAAAAGCUUUUGUGGAGUUUUUCUGUCCGCGACAAGAAUGGGAGAAUCAUCUGAAGCCGCUUCUGAUCAAAUUUGAUUCGGAGCACGUUGGAUGGAUGAAAACAGACGCCAAUUCUGUCUUUGAGUCUAGCGAGGCGGUGGUUCAGAAAGAGUCCACGGACAAACCGACGUCUAAACAUACCCCUGGAGUUAGUACCGUCAAUGCCGUUACCUGGGGAGUUUUCCGAGGUAAGGAGAUUAUCACCCCUACCAUCAUCGAGAGCGAGAGCUUCAGGGCCUGGGGCGAAGAAGCGUACAGCAUCUGGAGUGAGUGGAAACGAUGUUUCCCUCGGGGAAGCGAGGAAGAACAGUUUUUGGAAUGCAUGAGGCUGGAUUCGGUACUGGUCAACGUGGUCGGUCAGAAUUACAUUGGCGGUCAUGGUGGCGAUGGAGCACAACUGUGGAAGGUUUUGCUUCAAGACUCGCCGAUCGGUUAG